UUUGCAUUUUGAGAAGAAGAAGAAAUCUGACAGGAAAAAGUCUACGAAAUUAUUUUCUGCCAGUCGAACUAUUUCAACGUGUGAUAUUUUUGCAAAAUGGGUUCCCGAAAUGAGUGCCGCAUCUACGUUGGAAACUUGCCGCCAGAUAUUCGUACUAAGGACAUCCAGGAUCUGUUUCACAAGUUUGGAAAAGUGACUUUCGUAGAUCUGAAGAAUCGGCGUGGGCCGCCAUUUGCCUUUGUUGAGUUCGAAGAUGCGCGCGAUGCAGAUGACGCGGUUAAGGCCCGUGAUGGCUAUGACUACGACGGGUACCGCCUACGCGUCGAGUUCCCGAGGGGCGGUGGUCCCGGCAGCUACCGCGGCAAUCGUAAUGACCGCAGCCGCGAUGGUGGUCGAAUGGGUGGCCGUGGACCUCCGGCCAAGCGUUCGCAGUACCGUGUCAUGGUCACUGGUCUCCCGGGCUCUGGUUCCUGGCAGGAUCUGAAGGAUCAUAUGCGUGAGGCAGGCGAUGUGUGCUUCGCGGACACAUACAAGGAUGGCUCCGGUGUGGUAGAGUUCCUGCGCCAUGAGGACAUGAAGUAUGCCAUCAAGAAGCUUGACGAUUCUCGAUUCCGUUCCCAUGAGGGCGAGGUUGCCUACAUUCGGGUGCGAGAGGACAGUGGCGACAACGACCGCAGUGGUGGCGGUGGAGGAGGAAGUGGUGGUGGUGGUGGCGGAAGCGGCGGCGGCGGUGGUGGAGGAGGCCGCGAUUACCGCGACAGGUCUCGCUCGCGCUCCUUUUCUUCGCGGCCGCGUCGUAGGGGAACACCCACAUAUUCGCCAGUGCGGCGUCAAUCCUAUUCCAGGUCUCGCUCACGCUCUAAUUACUAAACACUACCAAACAUUAUCCAUUAAUAUAUAAAAUAUUUUUUACGAGCAGGCACCGUUAGGAAAAGCAAGAUAAAUUAAGAAUGCCCAUUCAAUGUUUGUUCAAGUCCCAAACUACAUUGUAAAUUGACAAGCAAGCUAUCAGCCAAUCAAGUCCAUCAUUCAAGUUUCAAGCUCAUGUCAAGGCCCAUUAAAGUCUGUAACAACUUGCUUUUCCACCAGAGUCACAGAUCUAAAGAUGCAGAGGUGUUAUCUUAAAAAGCAUCUUAGCUGGCAUUAAUAUUUGACGAAAAAAAUAGUUUUUUUUAAUCAAAAAUGUUAACCAGGGAACAGUCAUUUUGCCACGAAGCAUUCCCUGUUUUGCGUUUAGAUUAUUUUUAACCUUUGCCUGCCUCUGCAUCAUGCAAAAUUAAUUUACGAGCUCAUUUUUUGGGUCCAUUCACCACCAAGCAUAAUUUAUUAGAUUUUACCUUAACGAGAAAACAACAAACAUCGAUACAGAAUAAAUAUGUUUAUAAUGAAAGAAAAAAAAAAAAUAAGAAACUGAACGAACACAAAUUGAAUUGUCAAAGAAAUUUAUAAGCUAACUAUUAA